AUGUGCCUUGGUCAGUGUGAACGUGGGUCAUCAAUUGAUAAAAUAGAUAAUAUAAAAGAACAACAAAUAUCUCCAGCUCAUCAUCUAGAUACUACACCAGCUAUUGAACGUGCGUCAUUUACGCUCGAAAAGGAAAUUCUUGAUGAUGAAAAAGAUGAAAUUGUUUAUAGUUCGACAUCGAAUAUAACGAAUGAUGAUGGUGAACAAACAUCAGCAAAAACCAAUGAUAAUUUAACAAAUUCUUCUGUCGAAGAAACAACUGAUGAUGAUGAUGAUGAAGAAGACAAUGAUGAAUCGGACAACGAAGAAGAAAGAAAUAAUGGCGAUGAUGAUUCAGCGUAA